CUUUCACUUUCAAACUCUGGUUCUCUUCAUUCUCACUGUUUAGGGUUUAGUAUUCUUUGAUGCUCAUCAUUUGACAGAUUUAUGGUGGAUUGAGGAACCUUGAGAAAGAUUAAUUAGCCAUGGAUACAGAGGACUCAAAGAUACUUUCACAGGCUCCAAACUGUCCAAUGGAGAAGGAACAAAAGGAUGAAGGCUACUUUGACAAAACCCAAACAUUAAAAGAUGCUGGGAUGAUUGAAUUUUCAGUUCCAUGUCAUCGUCCUUCUUCAAGUGAACAACGCAAAGAAGAAGAACCACAUGAGCUUCUUGUUCCUGAUCUUUGCAGUCUCCCACUCACUCCUCCAACUGCAGUAGAUUGCAACUUCACUUGCUACUUUGCUCCUGAUUUUAUGAAGCCGGACCAUGAUCAGUAUGUUUAUCGCCAUCCAAAUGGGUUGUGCGUAAUUGGCUUGGCUUCAACUCAUGUUGCUUUAAAAGGUAACAGAGUUAAGACCGUUGAUUUCAAUGUAGGAAAGUCUAAUCGGAGUGAGAUUAAGGUGUCGGGAAAGCGCAAAAGAAAUGCACAACGUUUUGAACCUAACACAGCUUUAUGUAAAGUGUCGACGAGUAACGGCGAUACUUCUUAUAUAGUGAGGUGUUGUGUGAAAGGAUCUUUGCUUGAGGUGAAUGAAAGGCUAAUUAAACAAGCUGAUUUGCUUAACUCAUCUGCAGACCGAGAAGGAUACAUUGCAAUUAUCAUGCCCACCCCAACGGAUUGGAUCAAAGCCAAGAAUCAGUUGUUGAGUCUUGAGGAGUUCAAGAAACUAAGAGGUCUUUGCUGAAACCCUUGGAUCCAAUAUCAAGACAACUUAUCGAAAUUUCUUGGAGAACCGAUGAAGCAACACUCUGGAGGAAACACCGGAACAGUACUACUUAAUGUAGUAGUAGGAUAAGAACUUGAUUGGACUUCCCAACGCUCUAAAAAUGGGGGCUUAUACUUAAAUUGGCACGAGCUGGCAAGUAUAGGCAGCCUACUCUAUAUAACGACAAUACGUUCGUGGCACUCACAGAAGUUAAACCAACCUAACUACUUUCUUUACCAUAAUUGGGUGUACUGUUGUGAGGAUCGGAUCCUUUCUGUCCCAUUAUUGCACGUCUACAUCUCCUUGUUGAAUCAGCUCUCUCCUAUUAUUUUUGCGUUAUGUGGAAGAGAGAACAAAGGUUUUCUUUUCAUUAUGUUGUUGAUGCUUUCUUUUUUUUUCAAGUCAGGACGUUCAGAAGUCACAAUAAAGAGAGAAAAUUUGUAACACAAGUCUCUUUUUUAUUUAUUUUCUGGAUAAUAAGAAAGAUAAUUCUUUAACAAGACGGAGUACAUAUUAUGAUACGCAACCAGCACAUGUAGAAUUUUUUUUUUUUUUGGUAUUUCCCCAGAAUGUCAAUAACUAAUCAAAUUUCUUGAAAAUUACCAUUUCAGAAAACACCUUCAGA